UUGAGCUUAAUUGGAAGUGAAAGCACAGAGAUGGAGAGCAACAUAAUGUUGAAGAACCAGAAUCUGGAUGCCUUUGAUAUUCUUAGAAAAGCUUUUGUUAUCUCUUCCAGAAACAUUAACUUCUUUCUCUUCACUAUUUUCGCUUCCCUUCCUCUCUUCUGUUUCUUGGUUUACUAUCAACCUUUUCUACAAAUAUUCCAGGAUCAAGUAUCAGAAAUUCUAAAACAACCGGCCUUUGUUUAUUAUUUUGAGGACUACAUGUUUAAUUGGUCAUUACCAUUUGAUGCAACCCCGGAAUGGAACAAAGGGUUUCCUGGUGAGUUGAUUCAACAAGCACUUCUCUAUCUGGUGCCUUUCCAUCUCCUAGAGCUCAUCACCAUGCUUGCAAUUGCUAAUUUGGCCUCGAAGAUAUAUAAAGAAGAGAGACCAAUGAGUCUGAAGGAGAUGGUGCGUACACAACCUUUCGACAAAUCUGGACUGAAAGCCUUUUUCAUCACAUCUGUCUAUGUUCUCGUCUUGUCCACCUGUAGUGAGCUACUCGGAUUUGUAUGGUCAGCUGCAAGCUACUCUUUUGCAUUCAGUAUUGUGAUUUCGAUAUUGGAGGGGAUACAUGGAACCAGGGCAUUUGGUCUAGUAACGUAUCUAAGCACUGGCAACGAGUGGGGAGGGUUUCUUUUGAUGUUGAUUUUCUUUGCUUGGGAAGUAACUUUAAGGUUGCCAUGUCUCUAUUUUGGCUGCAAAGGAAGGGGGAAUGAAAUGUUUGUUGCACAGAGUAGCUUGUUGUGCUUAGGAAAUGUGUUCAAGUUGGUCGUCUUUGUUAUAUAUUUCCACGAUUGCAAGAACCGGGUUUUAGAAAAGAGGUUGAUGAUCAAGGCUAAAAGAGCUGGUUAUCAGAGCUGUGUAUGAAUAGGCACCACAAGCAAGUACAUUGAUGUGAUCAUCAUCAGAAAACUCUGGUCUACGCAUACAACAUUUUAAGGUCGUAUUUAAUAAAUGAUUAUCAUUAAAUAUGUACAACUUCAAUGUUUUCAUCUUCGCUUUCAUGUUUUGUUUGUUGUAUUGAAAGGGAUAUAAACCUUGAACUGUUAUAGUUCUUUUAGUUGGAUAUCCCUUAUCAGGGUACUUGACAGUCAUAUUUGGAAAAUGUACCAUUAUUGACACCCUUGAAAGUAGUGUUCCUGAGAUGGCUGAUAAAAAUAUAUAAGGCUUACAUUAU